AGCUCAGUUCCUCUCGGCCUCUACCAAAUUUCACAUCGGCUCCGUUGAGCUGAUUGUGUGUUCGGUUUUAAAUUUUUAGUUAGGUAAUUUCACAGAGCCGAGGGGUGUUUUUUGGUUUCGGAAUUGCUGGUUUUUUAACGCGCGGUUGUUGCUAGGCAUCAUUUUUAUUCCCGGCGAACCCAUUUUAUUUCCGAACAGUUCUUUAAUCGGCCUCAAGUCAAUCAUGUCUCUGUGGCGCAGUGUAACUUCAAAGGGACAAACUCGAUUAAUAAACCGUUUCGCGGGAGUGGUUAGCCAGCGCUCUUACGCCGAGGACCACAAUCCAUCGCCCAAAUGCAAUCGCGAUUCCGGCAAGGGAUGCGGCAAGUUCACGGGCUGUGGUGAUCCCCGCUUCGAGGUGAAGCAGCCGCCACCGGUGGAGGACAGCUUCCAGUUCCAUCACCUGGUGAAGAUGCCUCCCGACUGCUGCGACGACCCCUGCCGAGAGCGAUUCCCUCCCUACGACCAGUGCUACUACAAGAUCUCCGACAAGGCCAAGCGCAAGUACCAGGUCACCUGGGUGGAGUGCCCGCCCAUCCAGAUAAAGCCCAAGAAGAUCUGCUGCUUCGAGGCGGGCAUCCGUCCUCCCAUCCCGCGGCGCAAGCGCAAGGAGUUCGUGGCCGACGUCAAGUGUCCCACGGAGCAGGUGUGUCCUGUGGCCGAGGGCCUCUGCCCCAAGAUCAAGAUGCCGGGCUGCAAGGCCGUGGACAAGGUGUCCUGCCACGUUGUGCGGCGGGUCACGGACUGCACCAAGGUCAAGGCGCCGUAUCCCUCCUUCUCCGAGUGUUCCAAGUCGGCGAUUCGCAAGCCCCGCGGCAUAGAGUGCAACUGCCUGGCGAUUCCGAGUGCCUGCGACCUAAUCCGCGAGCUCCAGAAGAACGAGGGAAAUCCCCGAAAGGGCAACUGCGGCGGCAGCAGAGGUUAAUUGCAGGGUUUCAGAGCGACUCCCAUCCCCAGCACCCAGUAUAUCUUGUUCCGUUAUCUGAAAUAUUCCAAAAACCAAUCCAGUUUAUCUUUCCAGCCAUGUGUGAAAUUCCGACUAGAAAUAAACCGUAACGCAUAUUUUAGGG